CGACCCGUCAACGUCAAAUUUCGACUAAUGUUAGUCCAAUUGUCAAUUUGGCUUGUAAAUUUAAAUAUUGUUGAGUAAAAGAUUUAAGAUAUAUCUUAUUGUUUUAAUUGCGGUAUAACCUGGAAAAGAAUCUCAAGGAACUUAUUAUAUAAUGGCACCGAAGUUGAAGUUCGCAGAGGGUGAAAAGGUGUUAUGUUUUCACGGUCCCCUUAUUUACGAGGCAAAAUGUCUCAAAAGUUCUGUGACGAAAGACAAACAUGUUCGAUAUUUAAUUCAUUACGCUGGCUGGAAUAAAAAUUGGGAUGAAUGGGUUCCAGAGAGUCGAGUUCUAAAAUAUAAUGAAGCAAAUGUUCAGAGACAGAAGGAAGUGCAAAGAGCGCACUCUGUACAGCCUGUUAAAAGCAAAAAAUCUACAGCUAAAGGUCGUAAGUCAGAGACUGCGGCCAAUACAACUCCAGCAAGAGAAGAAUCCAGAGCAUCAACACCUGCUGGAAAAGACACAGAGACUACUCCAGCGCCAGCAAAAGCUACGAAAACACAGAGUAAAGACACCGCUGUUGAUUCCGGAUCAGAUCAACCUAAGAAAAAACGUGGACGUCUCGAUCAAUCUAUCGAGUCAGAAGAACAGUAUCUAGCGAAAGUUGAAGUUAAGAUAAAAAUACCUGAAGAAUUAAAAGUAUGGCUCGUUGAUGACUGGGAUGUGAUAACAAGACAGCAAAAAUUAGCCAUCCUACCCGCAAAGUUGACAGUCACACAAAUAUUAGACAAUUACUUAGCAUUUAAAAAAUCAAGUAAAUCACAUAAUACAGCGAAACAUUCAGUAUUAGUAGAAAUAACUGAAGGUAUUAAGGAAUAUUUCAAUGCUACCCUCGGUUCACAAUUACUAUAUAAAUUUGAACGGCCACAAUAUAGUGAAAUAUUACAAGAAUAUCCAGAUACUCCGAUGUCGCAAAUAUAUGGUUCAAUACAUUUAUUAAGAUUGUUCGUUAAAAUGGGACCCAUGUUAGCGUACACAGCAACAGAUGAGAAGUCUUUACAAUUGGUUCUAAGUCAUAUUCAUGAAUUAUUAAAAUAUAUGGUAACCAAUAGAUCCACUCUGUUCAAUUUGCAAGACUAUUGUAAUGCUACUCCAGAAUAUCAUAGAAAGGUUCAGUGACUAUUUGGGAAAAUGUUUAAUUGAAUUAUAUUGACUAUCGCCUGGUUUUUUAAAUAUCAAUUUUAAUUAUGUAUAUAACUAGCGGUUGCCUUCAGCGGAGAAUAGAAUGAGUAACCUAUUACUGUGUUCGCGUGCGUCAGUUUUCGUCAAAAUCAGUUCAGCCGUUCCGGAGAUUACAGUAAGACAAAAAUCUUAAAAAUUGGUUUCUCAUUAUCAGCAAUGAUUUAAUCAUACAUUGCUUUAGUAAUUAAAGUUUUUUAAAAUUUAGUACUCAAAUAAAAGAUCAGAUUGAAGAUUGGCUAAAUUCUUAGUGUUCCCGCUAGUUUUGCCCCAACUCUUUUAAAAAAUUGACUAUUUCAAAAACCAGGUGCAAAUCUGUUUUAUUUGAAUCGUUUAAGACUGUUUCCUGAAGCAAUGCCUGCACAGCAUUGUCAAAGAAAUAUAAAACUGAUUAUUUUCUGAAAGAUGUCAUUUAAGAUACUGAAUAUGUUAUAUAUUGUUAUACAGGAGUCAACCUGCUAAUAUACUAUCACGACAGUGGAAACAUGUAAUAAAAACUAACGUGUAAUUAAUUUUAAAUUAAGUAAGAACGCGGAAAUAGUUAAAGCAUUGUAAUUUAGUAUUUUUUUUAUUUGUGGAGCGCAUUUUCCUGGAUGUUAAUGUGUUAUAAACAGAAGAUAAACUAAAUUGGGAGUUUAUUAUAUUAUUAUAGAUAUUAAAUGUGUCGAAAUAUCAUCAUAUUGUAAUACAUUAAAAUAUUCCGAUUAAUAUUGCCUGACUUAACCUUUUGUAUUAUUUUAAUCUUUAUACUUAAGGUAUAGGUAAGUAGUAAGGUAAGGUAGCAACGUUUUUCCUUUUUAUUUAUAUUGUGUGAUAAUGAAAUAAAAUCAUAAAAC